AUGGCAACUCCUCCUCCAGACUCGGAUGGCACUGCGCCCAACCACGGCACUUCUCAGGAGCAAUCGGGCGGUCCUAUACGCAUUCAUUGGCGGCUGGCGGAUGACUACAUGCUGCAUAAUGGGGGCGGAGGUGCGAGUAUAAACAGCAGGAUGGCUAUGGAUAAGGCAGCAUCACCCUGCCAGGAGGGGGGAGAGGAAAAGGGAAACCGGGGUGAGAGAGACAGACAAACGUUGGCAUAUGCUGCCAAGGCAGAUUGCUCUUUUGAGGCAGCGCUCACCAACCCCUUCAUCUCUCCGCGUUUCUCUUCCAUGGGACAGUUACAGGCUGGUGCGCGAAGCUUGGUGCCGGUCAUGCGUCUGAAAGCGAUGAACUGGCACUCCCCCGUGAUAAGGCCAUUCUACGAUCUACAGAUGGCGCCCGCUCCGCCUUCCCCGCCCCUGAUGAUGCACCCAUGGACUGAUUGUCCAAAAGAGCUAUCCGCCACUACAGAAUUCAGCCCCCAAAAGCCUGAUCCGGUGGUGGAGCCACUGCUACUACCUGAAGGGCUUCACCGACGAUUUGGCGAGCUCAGCAAAGACAGAUACACACCCCCGUCAGAUGAUGACUCCCUGCUGGACCCCGAGAAAACACGCACUGGACCCUGGAUUGAGUCGAGCCAAGAGGUCACAGCGACUCAAAUCCCAAGUGCAUUGAGACGACGGGCAAAUCAACAGCUCAGACGGCCUUGUUCAACAGCGAAAGAGUCAUCAUCCAUCAGUUCUGCGCAGGCGGCUGAUUCAUAUCAGGAUGCCUACUGCAUGCUGCAGAUCCCGCAGCCCUUUUUGGGCGAGCAGCAUGCACACAGCUGCGGACCGUAG